AUGGCAGCCUUAAAAGUUGCGAGCAGCUGUUCAAAAAUAUCGCAUUGUUACAAGACUGUAAUGAUGUGUCGACCGAAGUUUUUCGAUGUCCAGCAUAGUUUGCUAAACGCUCAUAUGAAUAUGAAGAUUCCAGUGAAUAAGAAGCUUGCUUUAACACAGUGGGAAAAUGCGUAUGAAACCUUGCUUGCAAAUAACAUCGAAGUUGACCUUUUGGAACCUCAACCUGAUCUUCUUGAUAUGGUUUUCACUGCAAACGCAGGGAUCGUUCACGGCAACAAAGCAGUCGUUUCGAGUUUUCAAGUGGCGCCUCGUCAACCGGAAACACAAUACCAUAUUCUGUUCUUCAAAGAGCGAGGCUUCGAGGUGUUGGACCCAAUUGAUGACGGAGUUGAGAUAGAAGGCAGUGGUGAUUUUAUGCCCACGCACGACGGGGAGAACUUUUUCGUGGCCUAUGGAUUCCGUAGCUCGUUCAAAGCCUAUGCCUACCUCAAGGACGUUCUGUCACUACCAAAAGAUCGACUUCAUCACAUGAAAUUAAUGAAUCCAUAUUUCUACCAUAUGGAUACAGCACUGAUGAGUUUAACCCGUGGACAUCUGAUGUACUACCCUGGUGCGUUUGACAAAGAAUCUGAGAAAAAAAUCCUGGAUGUUGGAGGAGAUAAGACUAUUGCAAUUGGGGAAGAAGAGGCCAUGGCUUUUGCAUGCAAUUCUGUAAAUUUUGAAGAAAGCGGAGAACAUAUUGUUGUCGGAAACAAGUUCAGUGACGCACUUAGAGACAAAUUGACCAACUUUGGGUACAAGGUGAUCGAGACACCGUACGGCCAGUUCCUAUUGUCUGGAGGAAGCCUUCGAUGUUCUGUACUGGAUAUUGGAAAAUCUCGUUAG